GGCGGUGGUGGUCUCCUCGCCGUGCGUGCCGGCUUCUCUCUCUCUUCCCGACGAGGACGAUUGACUAAAGUCAUGGAGGGUAACAAAGAUGAGGCUUUGAGGUCUGUCAAGCUUGCAGAAGCUGCACUUGCAUCUGGAGAUAGACAGCGGGCAGACAAAUUCAUUCGAAUUGCCCAAAGAUUGGAUCCUAGCCUUCCGAUUGCUGAUUUGUUGACCACAACCAAGAAGUUUGAUCCGCUGGCUUCCCACGACAAGACCAGAAGAGGCGGACUUUGUGAAAACCAAAGAACUCCAAAAGAAUGCGCCGGUCCUUCUAGUAGUGCUGAAAAGGGUUACAGCGACGAGAAUGUUAGAGUGGUCCGUGAUAUCAGGAAGAAGAAGGACUACUAUGCAAUUCUUGGAGUGGAGAGGAGUAGCUCUUUGGAGGAGAUUAGGAAGGCCUACAGAAGGUUAUCGCUGAAAAUUCAUCCUGACAAGAACAAGGCCCCUGGGGCAGAAGAUGCAUUCAAGAUGGUCAGCAAGGCUUUCAAGUGCCUAGGCAAUGAUCAGUCACGGAAGACCUAUGAUCAGACAGGUGCCCUUGAGGGCCAUGAGUUUAACGACCAAUAUUCCAAUGCCACGAGGCAGAGAACUGCUAGGCGAAGGAGGCAACCAAGAAAUGGCUUCUAUAACUAUGAAGAAGAUAUAGAUCCAGAUGAGAUAUUCAGGUCUUUCUUCUAUGGUACCCAGUACCAUGAUAAUUCGUUCCGUGCUCACAAUGCCAACAGAGCAAGAGGCGCAGCUAGGCAGGAGCAACAGAGAAGGGAGCAUCCAGUACAGGGCGGGUCAGUCAUGAACUUAACAAUACUGGUGCACGUUGGUGUGCUAUUACUUUUUGUUUUGUUGGCAUUCAUUCCAGUAUGGCAACCUGAGUAUGCCCUGCAGAAGACAUACAACUAUCCAAUAUCAACAGUCACAGAAAAGCAUGGGGUAGAGUACUUUGUCAGCAAACAAGAUUUUGAUCUGCGGUUUCCGCAAGGAAGUGUUUCUAGAGAUAACCUGGAGGAACAAGUUUUCAGAGAUUAUAGGUCUAUGCUAGGAAGAAACUGCCGUGUAGAACUCCACCGGCGUAAAUGGGCCAAGAACUACCCUACACCUCACUGUGACAAGAUACAGAGCCUUUCUGUGCAAUAAUAGUGUCCACAUGGUGGUUAGUUUGUUCUUCCCAUGGCAGAAUGUCACUCCCUUUAAAGGCUUAACACGUCAAGAUUUUCUGGAAACAAGGUGAAUACGCACAUAUGAUGUCAUGAAUGAGUACAUGAUGAGUUGGAGUACAGAGUACCUGGUGGCACGAUGGGGCAUGGAUUUGGUUCAUGUCGUGGCAUCCUGUUACAUUUAGAAGAAAUUAUACGCCCGUCUCAGUUGCUGAGCGCAAAAUUUUGUACAGAUCCGUCUUUGAAGGUGGUUAGAGGCCACGAGGGAAGGGGCUGCGUUGUACUGCUUGAAACAAUCAUCUUGGUUGGUUGUAGCGGCUGUUCUUACUGAACUGUAAAACCCUUGAAAUACAUAGUAGAAUGUGUAUGCCUGGUAUCACUUUGGCAUGUUUGAUGCAUCUGCUGUUGAAUUGUUGAUUUGCUGGAGAUCCAGGUUUUGUGUGUCU